AUGCAUCCUAGCCAGAUGUUUAUGCCUGAAGUGAAGACUUUGUACAGUGGUAUUCUGGUUGACAGCUCCUCAUCAAUCAACCUCAAAAUCCAAAUCCUCAAAAACCUCCAGACGUACCUUCAAGAGGAAGACACACGGAUGCAGGAAGCGGACAGAGAAUACCAUCAUCAGAGGUUUCAGACAAGACCUCUUCACUAUGAUCCAGGGAACCUGCAGCAUUGCAGGGCUUUUCUCAUUUCACUGCACCUCUUUGAUGACAGUGCUAAAACGGAGGUGAAUAUGCUGCUGUUUAUAGCAGACAAUUUGGCUUGUUUCCCGUACCAGAGCCAGGAGGAGCCUCUCUUCAUCAUGCACCACAUUGACAUCAGCCUGUCAGUUUCUGGUAGCAACCUGUUGCAAACCUUUAGAGAGCUUUUGUUAAAAGAGCCGAGGAAAAAGGAGAAGAAGGUAAAGAGGGAGUGGAAGAGCACAUCAGACGGGGAGGACGAGGAGGAGAAGUUGAACUGUGACUCCCCCAGAAGCAGUGAUGAAGAACACCGCAACAGAAGGGAAGAUGGAGAAAAUGAUGAUGAAAAUGUGGUACGAAGACCAAAAAAUUCCAAGAAACCUAUCGACAGUUCAGAGUUUUAUAAUUAAGUGUUUUAACUUUGACUUUUCUUUCCUGGAAGUAGUAAGGACGAUGGCAAAAUUAACACAAGUUGACUCUUGAGUCAAUUUGGAUUAUACAAAGAGAACCUGUUUUUGUUUUUUUCACACUGAAAUAUGGCACGAAUGGAAGGAAAAUGGACAAUGGAAGAGUUGAUGAUUUCAAGAAUUGCUGAUGGACAAUGCCAUUGUAGUCGUAUAGACUGCCAUUGUAGUCAUAUACACUCAAUUUCCACAUUGACACAUUGUGUCUGACCACACAUGGUCAGACACAAUGCUCGUUAGACUCUGCAUGCAGAAGCAGCAGCUAAAUGAAUAUAAACACUGCGCUGUGUACUUUUAUAGAGUUGGAAACAAUGGAUUAGGAAGCAGCUGUGAGACUGGCAAGAAUGGGAAACUCUCAGUAGACUCGUAACUGGAUACUGUAUGUUGCAGCGGUGUCUGACUGGACAGAGUAAAGUGUAAACUCUCAGUAGGCUCUGACUGUAGAUUGCAGUAGUAUACUGUAUAUUGCAGUAGUGUCUGACUGGACAGAGUGAUGUCCAGUCAGACACUGAUGUCUCGCAGAAAUCCCCGGCAGUGUAAAAGAGAUAAAAGAAGUAAAAAUAAGAAAGAGACGUGUGGUGAAUUAGAAGCUGGACUGGAAUUGGGUCUUCCAACCCGGUUGGAAUUGACGUAUGGAGCGAAGCGCGCUUUAGUGUAAAAGCUAUGUAGGACACGUGUACAUGUUGACAGUACAAGUUUAGGCUGAUCACCUUUGGGACUACAGGGUCAACCCCGGAUUUUAUGAUAAUACGUGAAAAGGCAAUUCACUAGAAAUUAAGCAAGACAUUCUGGAGAAGCCAAGGAAAAAGUGAGCGAAAACACACACAUACGAGUAAAACAAAAAACGCAGCGCUGGCAACUCAGAGGUCUAAGUAAGGCUCACAUAAAGGUUAUUCCAGUCGGCAAAGGAUAAGUACAGGGGUCAUAUAGCUUAUGUGCAUUUGUAUAAAUACAUAUAAACUCAUAUAAUCACUGUAUAUAUGUGCUACAUGUAAAGCAACAUUGGUGACAAAAAUUGCUUGUAGCUCUGGGACAACCCAGAAUGUGAUUAAAGUAGCUGAAGAUAAAACAAUUCAUAUUUGGCAACUUUGUGAAAAAAGAUUUGUAAUUGGGUUUGGAAAAGAAUAUAUCAGAAGUGUGAAAAUCUGCGGUGUGAAGUUCAAAAGGAGUCUAUGUGACUGGUCUUACCCCCCACCCCCCUUUUUUUCUUUUUUUCCCUCUCUCUGGAUCGAACUGAAUGAGCUGUAUGUUUGGAUGAAUGCCUAAAUGUUCGUGUGCAAGUGUGACAUACUUGUUUCAACAAUGCUGAAGUUCUAAUAAUUUGUUUUUUGUUUCUUAUAUUUGUGGCCGAUUUUUGUGGCUGAUAUUUGAUUCGGAUAGCUGUUUUAACAAGCUGAAGUUUUAAAAGUGAAGAAUUGUUUUUUGUGUGUUAGUAAGCUUACAGGGUUCGGUGUAAGAAGAUGUUCAUGUUAGUGCAUUAAUUUCAUUGUGCCUUUAAAUCUGGGUUUGAUGUUGUUGAAUUUGUGUCGCAGUAAGAAAAGUUUUUGGGGUGCUCAGCAAGAGAUACUGGUGCUGUGCACUAAAUAUUGAAGGAAUCACCAUUUUGAAAUUGGGCCUAGUGCAUAAUCUCCAUUUUGAAACGAACACCAUUUUGAAAUAAACAUUGCGCAGUGUUAGAUUUCAAUGGUUUCCAGUGGUUUUUUCACAUUUGGUUGGGUCUGCACCAAGACACCAAAAGGCUUUCCUGAGCACACACAGUCACAUAGCCACACACAUUCUAAGAGAAUUUCCCCAGAUUCUGUUCACACCAACCCCCUAAGAACACCUCUGCUCCCUGGAAACAAUGGGAGAUCUUCACACAACAAUGGGAGAUCUCCCAAUCUACCUUCUCACAGGGAACCCCGAAGCCAUCCAUUCCUUUUGAUUUACAUGACCACCUGUGGU